GCUUGGGGGGGUGCCCCGAAGGCUGCGACCCGCGCCUUCCAGUCGGCGCGCGACCUGGUCCCGAGGAAAGGGGGCAGGCGUCGAGGCGGGCGGGCCAUGCCCUGGUCGCCCCGAGCCGCUCUCCUGCGGGACCUGGUCUUGGGCGUGCUGGGCACCGCCGCCUUCCUGCUCGACCUGGGCGCCGACCUGUGGGCCGCCGGGCAGUACGCGCUCCGCGGCCGCUACCUGUGGGCCGCGCUGGUGCUGGCGCUGCUGGGCCUCGCCUCGGCCGCGCUGCAGCUCUUCAGCUGGCUGUGGCUGCGCUCCGACCCCGCCGACCUGCACGGCCCGCCCGCCCCCGGCCGUGGCCUGGCGCUGCUGCACCUGCUGCAGCUCGGCUACCUGUACAGGUGCCUGCAGGGGCUGCGGCAGGGGCUGUUGGUGUGGCAGCAGGCGACGCCCUCAGAGUUCGACUUGGGCUAUGCUGACUUCCUCUCCAUGGACAUCAGCAUGCUGCGGCUCUUUGAGACCUUCUUGGAAACGACGCCCCAGCUCACGUUGGUGCUGGCCAUCAUCCUGCAGAGCGGCCAGGCUGAGUACUACCAAUGGUUUGGAGUCGGCAUAUCCUUUGUGAGCAUCUCGUGGGCACUGCUGGACUAUCACCGGGCCCUGCGGACCUGCCUUCCCUCCAAGCCCCGCCUGGGCUGGACUGCUUCUGUUGUCUACUUUCUGUGGAACCUGCUGCUGCUGGGACCCCGAAUUCUGGCUGUGGCUCUGUUCUCAGCCCUCUUCCCCCAAUAUGUGGCCUUGCACUUCCUGGGCCUGUGGGUGGUGUUGCUGCUCUGGGUCUGGCUUCAGCAGACAGAGUUUAUGCACGACGCUGGCUCCGAGUGGCUCUACCGGGGGACGGUGGCCACUAUCCUCUAUUUCUCCUGGUUCAACGUGUCUGAGGGCCACACUCGAGGCCGGGCCACCAUCCACCUGAUAUUCCUCCUGAGUGACAGUGUUCUGCUGGUGGCCACCUGGGUGAUUUAUGGCCCCUGGCUGCCUACUGAGAUCUCAUCACACAUGUGGCUUGCUGUGGGAGGCAUCUGCUUCCUUGUGGGUCUGGCUUUGCGCCUUUGUUACUACUGCUGGCUGCACCCUAGCUGCCACUGGGAACCUGAGCCGGUGGAUGGAACCCGGGUGGAUGGGCCCCGGAGUCUCUUCGCUUGUGAACAUUAUCAGCCAUUUCAGAACAGACGCAUGACUCAGUUGGCUUGGAGCUUUUUCCCUAAAGCUAAGGAUGAGAGCAUUUUGCCAGGGAAGGGAGAGGUGAAUGGGGUCCUAUAGCCAGCACAGACCCAGCGACAAGGGGUUUGCCAUGUGAACAAGAUGAGAAGGGCUGGCACUAGAGGGUCAGGGGUGCCAAUUAUGUACAAGCCAUGUUGGCAGGAAUAGGGCUUUUCUCCUCAAGCAGUAUAGCUGGUGUGCCCAGAACUUGCCCUUGUUGGUGCUGUCAACACUGGCUACCUCUCAAGUGAUGGAAGUGUGGAAGUGUUCAUUUGCUUCUCUGUCCCAGGCUAAAAGGCCCCAGGACUUCUCCAGAUUCCUUUCCUGUCCCACUCUGUUCAUUUAGUUUAUUCAACUAGUGUUUACUGAAAGCACUUUAUAUGCCACAAAUAGCACUUGGUGCUAUUCCAAGGUUAAUAGUAACCUUGGAACCAGCUGCCACCCUAGCUUCAUCCCCUACCUGCUUGAAACAGUCCUGGGUAGAGCUCAAAGGCUGGGGCCCAGGACACCCCACUCUGGAUAAUCUGUCAGCCCCUCUAGAGUCUGCAGCUGGCCUGGCUCUGUGCCUGUCUCCAGGGGCUGUCUUUCAACCAAGUGCCUCGUGGGCCUGUGUUUGCGCCUUGCACAGCCCAUUGAGUAUUUAGCCAGUGUACACCUUUUACCUCAGGGUCCAUUUAGAUGAGAAAGUGUGUCACUGCAAUUGAGGACAUAUGUGGCACAUGUUUGACAGUAUUAUAAGGUUAUUAAAACUUCACGAAAUACGCCAAACAGUCUGUGUCAUUAAACAAAAUUUACCACUCCUGGAGAGAAGAGGUAGGGACAUGAAAUUCUUUGAAACUGGUAAAGGCCCUUGGAGUAGGUAAGAAGGCUGCCUUGGGGCGGGCGGGGCUGCCUUAGGUGUGACUUCAUCCUUUGUUUUCCAAGUUGCAGGGGCUAGGUGGAUUCCAGUGCACUCUGCUUCCAGCUCUGCUGCUGGGCUGGGCAAGCAUAGCCAUAAGCAUCUUUGGGACUAAGAAGUAUGAGAGACCAGGUGUAGGAUAGUGUCUUACCUAAUUGCUGGGAUAAAAUACCUGAUAUCUACAAAUUUAAGAAGGAAAG